UGAACUCAAACGAGGAGAGAGAGAUCAACAAUAUUAGAUCGAAACUACUGACGAAUAAACAUAAAGAUAGAAAGACAGACGAACCUAGACGAGAAAACACAUACGGGAGUUUAGCAGCACAGCUGCUGUGGCUCUGAGUCAUGAACGAGCGCUCGAUCGCGCGCUGGCUGACACACAUCGGUCUGCCGCAGUACACGCGCGCGCUGGAGAAACACACCUACGGCCUCGAGGGUCUGCUGUUAGUGACAGACGACGAUCUUCGGCUGAUGGGAGUUGAAGAUCCCGGUCACAGAACGAUCAUCACAGGUCAUCUCCAGCAGCAGAGGACACAGGCUGAGAGAGAGAACAGCUCUGCAGCGAUGACUGGCACUAUGAGCCGUAAGAGCUCUCUGGCCUCGUCUCCUGACCAGCUCAAACCCAGCACAGACCUCUUCCGUCACAGCAUUGUGCCGCGGCUGCGUCGCCGUGACUACCACAGAGUCUCCGCCUCCUGCCUCCAGCUCCCAUCCCACUGUGACGAAGACCCCGCCCCCUCCACCAAACUCAAACUCAGCAGGAGGAAGAGUGUGACGGCCUUCUUCAGUCAGGUGUUCUCAGGCCUGAGGGACAUGGACUCUCUGAAGAAGGAGCUGGAGGAGGAACUCAAACUCAGCACUGAUGAUCUGAGGAGUCACGCCUGGUACCAUGGACCAUUGCGGCGCGAGGGAGCAGAGCAGUUGUUCAGCAGAGACGGGGAGUUCCUGGUGCGUGACUCCAGCUCCAGCGCCGGAGAAUACGUCCUGAGCUGCAUGUGGAAAAAUCAGCCCAUGCACUUCAAAAUCAUCCGUGUGGUGCUCCGACCCAAACAGGGCUACACCCGGGAGCUGUUUCAGUUCGAGAACGAUCAGUUCGAUAAUAUUCCAGCGUUAAUUCGCUUUCACGUCGGCGGACGGCGUCCCAUCUCACAUUCCACAGGAGCUGUCAUCUUCCAGCCAAUCACACGCACUGUGCCUCUACGCAUCAUCAGCGAGCGCCAGGCUGUGAGGUCAUCGAGCUCCUCCCUCCUGACACGAGGUCAGAGCAAGAGGCGGAGCCUGAGCACCUCUCAGAGAGACACACUGCAAAUCAACAGCAACAACCUGCUCAGGAGCGGCAGUCAGCCUGCUAAUCUGGAGACUGUUGGGAGACCAUCACUACAGUCUGCUCAAUCUGACAGCAACCUCCGCACAGGGGUCCAACAGAGCUGUCCAUCACAGGAGUCCAGCCCCUCCCCCGUCUCCCCGGUGUUCCGCACAGGAAGUGAGCCAGUCCUAAGCCCAGCCACUUCCUGUGCGGCUCCACCCAGCCAGUCAAGUCUCGGCGGCUGUCCUCUGCGUGGUUCUGAUGGACAGCUGCAUUCACGAGCACCUCCCAAACCGCUGCGGAUCUCCAUCGUCUUCACCCCGACUCAGCCUGAUUCUGAGUCUGACUCCACCGGUCUCUAUGGUGAGCUGGUGCCACAGGUCCCCAUCACCAUGUUACCCAAAGGUCACGCGGCGCGUCUCCGCGCUCAGGAGCGAUGGACCAGUCGCGCGCGCAUCACUGAGACCAGCUUUGGCUUCCUGGAGGCAGAGAAGCUGGAGGAGGAACGCAGGGUGAGCAAGAGCAUCCAGGAGGAGGAGCGCAGGGUGAGCAAGAGCAUCCAGGAGGAGGAGCGCAGGGUGAGCAAGAGCAUCCAGGAGGAGGAGCGCAGGGUGAGCAAGAGCAUCCAGGAGGAGGAGCGUGAUUGGCAUUUCGAGCGGCCGCAGACUGAGACCACAUCAUGUUUCCGUCUGGAUGAGUUCCGCUCGCUCAUGCUGCCGGACAACAACCGUCCGCUGGAUCAGAGCGUCCUGCUGAAGGUCAAAGAGCUGCUGACGCGCACCGACGCCAGGACCACCGCACUGCACAUGCUCAGCGUCAACUGCCAGGUGGCUCGAGUCACAGGGGUGACGGUGGAGCAGAAGAGGAUCAUGGGAGUGGAGACGGGUCUGGAGCUGAUUACGCUUCCACACGGAGGCCAGCUCAGACAGGACCUGCUGGAAAGGCAUCACACUCUGGCUCUGGGUGUGGCGGUGGAUCUUCUGGGCUGUACUGGGACAGUGGGUCAGCGGGCGACAGUGCUGCACAGGAUCAUCCAGCUUGCACAGGAGCUGCGCAGCACCACACACGACCUGUACGCCUUCUCUGCCGUCAUGAAAGCACUGGAGCUGCCGCAGGUGGUGAGGUUGGAGAUGACGUGGAGAGCGCUGAGACGCAAUCACACUGACAGCGCUGUGACAUUCGAGAAGAGUCUCAAACCCUUCAUGAAGUCCCUGAAUGAGGGCGAGGGUGAGGGUAAUGAUAUCGUGGUGUCGGGGCCGCUGUCUCUGCCGCACAUAGUGCCUCUGCUGAAGCUGAUGGAGGGCGAGGACAGCGUGGAGUCCACAGACAGAGGCUGCCAGCUGCUCUACAACCUGCUGCAGUCCGCACGCAACGCUGCGCUACACGCUAACGACUGCACACAACACGCUCUCAGCCUGCUCUCCGGUAAGCUUCUGUCACAAAUUACUAGCAAAUUUCACAAAUAAUUUAAAGAAAUGGCA